UACAAUUACAUGCUAGAUGUAACGUAUUAUUUAGCAUGCAUGCCAUUUGUAAAGCAUGCUGCAUGAUCCUGAAGUUUGCAAUUGGAAGGAAUAUUGCUGAAGUUUGGGAAAACCCAGAAGAGUUUUGUCCUAAAAGAUUCAUCGACAAUUCAUCAAUUGAGUGGAAAGGGCAAGAUUUGGAGCUGAUACCAUUUGGAGCUGGUAGAAGGAUUUGUCCAGGUUUAAAUAUGGGAGAAGUGACUGUGGAGCUUUUACUUGUUAAUCUUCUUUACAAAUUUGAUUGGGAAAUGCCGAUUGGGAUGAAGAGGGAAGACAUAGACACUGAGGUUAUACCUGGGAUUUCUAUGCGCAAAAAGAAUCCUCUCAUGCUUUUGGCAAAGGAGAGCAUAAAUUUUGAUGAGGGCUUACGUAAGAACUACUGCUCAGUUCGAUGUUUGCUCUGAAUUUUCUAUGUUUUGGAUCUUGGAUCUGGUAUUCAA